AUGAAACUGAUCAUGAUUGACUAUAAAGCUUUGAUUAAUGUUUAUACUAAUUUAGUACUAUUAAAGACAUAUAUGUUAGCUUAUAGUCGUGAAGUGCUUAGCUCUCCUGAAAAUACUAUGUUAAAGCCACUUUAG